AUGGCAAGCCUUUGGAAUUGCUUUUCCACGGUGACUGCGAAAGUUGAACCAGUGGCCAUUGCUAUGAACGUUAUUCCGGAGCCAGUUGAACAAGAAAAAAGAGAAGAAGAACCGGAAAUCGAUAAGUUCCUAUUGCUCAGCCUUCCGAAAGAAAUUGUGAUUUUUAUUCUGGGGUUUUGUUCUCCAUUUGAUCUACUCGCCUUCUCGCUGAUCUCCAAAAGAACCAGAAAGCUGGCUAUCAAAGCUCGAAAACAACCAGACGUCCAAAAGAAAUGCAAGGUUUUCAAAAUGUGUUUGGGAGUAUCGUAUCAGAAAAUAAUCAUGGAGUUUGAUGAGCAACCAAAAAAGCAUUGGCAGUUGAUGAGACAUCGGGACCUUUCAUUUAAACCGCACAUAGGAGAAGUUGUUUUGAAAGAAGUUGAUAUUAAUGGAUGGAGUGCUAAAGAGUAUGUUAAACUGUUGUUCGCGGACCCAGAAGCUUACUACGAAGGAUUCGGCGCAACCUUUAGUACCGUAUACAUCAAUUCAGAUUACUCAAUUCAAGAGCUGAAUAUGUUUUAUGAUUCUCUAUGCGAGCUUUUUAAUCCGGUAAGACAUAUCACUAGCAUCCACUUGGACUGUCCAUAUAUCGAACAUAUUCUUUGGCAUUACAAUACAAAAGAGUCAUUCCAAUAUUUGGUUAUUGAAACUUCCGAUCAGACAAGUGAGACUUAUAUUCGAUCGGUUUUCGAUAGAGUUCGCAUUUCAAACGGAGUUUUUCUUCGCUGCAAAACUGAACCAAGCUUUUAUUAUGAUUUGAGUCGAUUUGAAGUGAAAGAAAUAAUUGAAGUACACUGGUCGUAUUGGGUCAAAUUGGAUCAAGUUUUUAAUAUCAAGAGUCAUACGAUUGCAUUAUUUGUGUCUUCCUGGUUCUGCAAAGAUUUGAAAGUUCUUAUUCAAAAAUGGAGAGACGGAUGGACACCAGAAUGGAAUCAGCUUACUGUAGAACUGAAAUCCAUGAACAAGGAGUUGGAAGAUUGUGUUGAAGGAGAAUCAGUGGAGAUUGGAAAUGCAAAGGAUAAGAGUUUGGUUUAUAAAAACUCUUCCAUCCAAUUAUACAAAUUUAAUGAGAAAUAUAGAAUUGAAGACGUCUCUUUUUACAUCGACGGAUAUCAUAUAGUUCGAGAAGACGGUGCGAUUGCUACCGUACUCAUUACAAAGGGAAAUGUUGCUAUAAUGACAAUUCAAUCGGAGAGAACCAAAGAAUUCAAAUUUGAUUUCAAUCGUCGAUUAUUUUUGCCAAGAAAAGCUUGGAGUAGUUUGGAGAAGCGACAUUGA